AUGUAUAAUCUGCUUUCAUACUUGAACAUAACACACACUCUGUACAGUCAGGACAUCAAACCCCCAGGACCACCAGAGAAGAUCAUCUUUCUGAUGUACCUCCAGAUGAUGCUCCGGGAUGUGAUCUACUUUAUCCUGCGUGGAUCCGUGCGGAUCGUCUUCUGGCCGCUCAGCAAGCCCAUCGACGGCAGCUUGUCCUCAUCACAGGGACAGGGGGGCGCCUUGGGACGUCUCUUCGCCCUGGAGUUCACCAAACACGGUGCAGAGGUGGUGCUAUGGGACGUCGACGCUAACGACAACGAGGAGACUGUCAGGUUAGUGAGGAGGCAGGGGAGCAAGGCGCAGCCCUACAGGGUGGAAGUGACCAACCGGGUGGAAGUGUGCAGCACGGCGGACGAGGUGCGGAUGGACCUGGGCCGUAAUGUCACCAUGCUGGUGAACAACGCCGGGGUGGUUGCCAGGGAACUGCUGAUGGACUGUCCGGAUUAGCUGGUGGAGAGGACAAUGAAGGUCAAGAGAGGACCAUGAAGUGGAGAGGUGGAGAGGACCAUGAAGGUCGCCCUCUUCUGGAUGACAAAGGUCUUCAUUCCCCAGAUGAAAGAGCAGAACCAUGGACACAUCAUCACUGUCGCAAGCGUCCCGGGUCUCUUCAGCACUACCUGUGUGGAGGAUUAUUGUGCCAGUAAGUUUGCGGCGGUGGGCUUCCACGAGUCCCUGGCCCACAAGUGGCUGACUGAGGAAUUUGAUGGAGUCAAGACCACUCUUGCGUGUCCCCAUAUUGUCGACACGGGCAUGUUUGACGGGUGCAAGAUCCGGGAUGAGGUAGCACUGUUCCUGGCACCGCUGGAGCCUGAGUACUGUGUGGAGCAGGCCAUGAACGCCAUCCUGAUCGACCAGCCCCUGGUCUGCAUCCCACGCCUCACCUACCUGCCCGUCAUCUCCCGAGUGUGAGUACCCUGCACUGUUGCCGUGGUGACCUAUCGGUUCAUGGGGUCAGACAAAUGCAUGUACCCCUUCAUUAAGAGCAAGAAGAACAAGCUGACCAAUGGAGGACCUACCCUGAUUGCCGCUAACUAACUCUCCCUGUCAAUUCAGUCUCUACAGACGAAAUCUAAGGGCCAGUUUCACACAUAUUAAGCCUAGUCCUGGACUCAAAUUCUCCAUUGAGCCGCUUUUUUUAAUUCCAGGAAGAAGCUUAAACUGUGUCCGGGGAACAAACCUUGCGUGGAUAUAGACAAAUACUUAAUGGGAUAACAACUAUAUAAUGGGGAAAUAAAAUGGCCACACUUCUUCUCCCAAACUACUCUGCCGACCCCAACUGUAAUACUGUGAUGGUUGGCCUUCCUGUGAGUAUGGCCCAACAUAAGGUCAGUCUGCUUUUGUAACACUUAAACCACCUGGGAAUAACUAAGGGCAUCGCCAACCAUUCCCCUUGACUGGUUUAAAAGCAGGCUGGCGCCAUCGGUCCUGUUCAGCUCGUUUUAAGCAACCC